AGGGGCGCCUGGCCAGCAUGUCUUCCACCCAGGUGACUCACCUGGUCUGUCUGCAGCUGACCCUGACCUGCUGCUGGGCUCUCGGCUGCCACGAAGCAGCCUGGUCUCCUGACUUCACCCUUCCAGGGGAUUACCUCCUCGCGGGCCUGUUCCCACUCCACAGUGACUGUCUGCAUGUGAGGCGCAGUCCCCAGGUGACCCUCUGUGACAGGCCUGACAGCUUCAGUGGCCAUGGCUACCACCUCUUCCAGGCCAUGCGGCUCAGUGUGGAGCAGAUAAACAACUCCACAGCACUGCUGCCCAAUGUCACCCUGGGGUACGAGCUCUACGACGUGUGCUCCGAGUCGGCCACCGUCUACGCAGUGCUGCGCGCGCUGUCCUGGCAGGGGACGCACCGCGUGGAGAUCCAGGAGAACCUGUACCACUACUCCCCCAAGGCCAUGGCGGUCAUUGGGCCCGACAGCACUGACGAGGCGGCCACCGCCGCCGCCCUGCUGAGUCCCUUCCUGGUGCCCCUGAUCAGCUACGAGGCCAGCAGCACGGUGCUGAGCGCGAAGCAGCUGUACCCCUCUUUCCUGCGGACCAUCCCCAGCGACAGGUACCAGGUGGAGACCCUGGUGCUGCUGCUGCAGAGCUUCGGGUGGGUCUGGGUCUCCCUGGUUGGCAGCUCUGGAUACUAUGGGGAACAGGGGGUGCGGGCACUGGAGGACCUGGCCACGAAGCGGGGCAUCUGCAUCCCCUACAAGGGCAUUGUGCCUUUCUCUGCCCGGGUGGGGGACGAGGAGAUGCAGGGCAUGAUGCGUGGCCUGGCAGGGGCCAGGACCACUGUGGUGGUGGUCUUCGCCAGCCGCCAGCCGGCCAGAGUGUUCUUCGGCUCCGUGAUGCUGGCCAACCUAACUGGCAAGGUGUGGAUCGCCUCGGAAGACUGGGCCAUCUCCACAUACAUCUCCAGAAUGGCUGGAAUCCGGGGCAUUGGGAUGGUGCUGGGGCUGGCCAUCCAGCAGCGCCUGGUCCCCGGCCUGGAGGAGUUUGAAGAGGCCUAUGCCUGGGAAGACAAGGGGGCCCCCAGGCCUUGUCCCAGGGGCUCCUGGUGCAGCACCAAUCAGCUCUGCAGAGAGUGCCAAGCCUUCACAGCACAGACGAUGCCCUCGCUCGGGGCCUUCUCCAUGAGCUCGGCCUACAACGUGUACCGAGCUGUGUAUGCUGUGGCCCAUGGCCUUCAUCAGCUCCUGGGCUGUGCCUCUGGCUCCUGCUCCAAGGGCCAAGUCUACCCCUGGCAGCUUCUGGAGCAGAUCUACAAGGUGAAUUUUCUUCUACACGAGGACACCGUGGCUUUCGACAAGAACGGGGACCCCCUCAGUAACUAUGACAUCAUCGUGUGGGACUGGAGCGGGCCCACAUGGAGCUUCAGGGUCGUCGGCUCCUCCACGUGGCCUCCUGUUCGGCUGGACGUGAACAAGACCAGUAUUCAGUGGCAUGAAAAGGACAGUCAGGUGCCCACCUCUGUGUGUACCGGAGACUGUGCCCGAGGGCACCAUCGAGUGGUUGUGGGUUUCUACCACUGUUGUUUCGAGUGUGUUCCCUGUGAGGCCGGGACCUUCCUCAACAAGAGUGACCUCUACCGCUGCCAGCCUUGUGGGAGAGAAGAGUGGUCACCUGAGGCCAGCCACACCUGCUUCCCUCGAACAGUGGUGGUUUUGACUUGGCAUGAGCCCAUCUCUUGGGUGCUGUUGGCAGCUAAUACACUGUUGCUGCUGCUGCUGCUAGGCACCGCCGGUCUGUUUGCCUGGCACCUAGACACCCCUGUGGUGAGGUCGGCUGGGGGUCGGCUGUGCUUCCUCAUGCUGGGGUCCCUGGCACUGGGCAGCUGCAGCCUCUAUGGCUUCUUCGGGGAGCCCACGCUACCUGCGUGCCUGCUGCGCCAAGCCCUCUUUUCGCUCAGUUUUGCCAUCUUCCUGUCCUGCCUGACGAUUCGCUCCUUCCAACUGAUCAUCAUCUUCAAGUUUGCCACCAAGAUGCCCACAUCCUACUAUGCCUGGGUCCGGAACCACGGGGCUGGCCUUUCUGUGAUGUUCAGCUCAAUUGCUCAGCUGCUCAUCUGUCUCACCUGGCUUUCGGUGUGGACCCCACUGCCCACCAGGGAAUACCAGCGCUUCCCCCAGCUGGUGGUGCUUGAGUGCACCGAGGCCAAUUCGCCCGGCUUCCUGCUGGCUUUCGCCUACAAUGGGCUCCUCUCCGUCAGCGCCUUUGCCUGCAGCUACCUGGGCAAGGACCUGCCAGAGAACUACAACGAGGCCAAGUGUGUCACCUUCAGCCUGCUCCUCAACUUCGUAUCCUGGAUCACCUUUUUCACCAUGAGUAGCAUCUCGCACGGCCGGAACCUCUCUGUGAUCAAUGUGCUGGCCGUGCUGACCAGCCUGAGCGGCGGCUUCAGCGGCUAUUUUCUCCCUAAGUGCUAUGUGAUCCUCUGCCGCCCAGACCUCAACAACACGGAGCACUUCCAGGCCUCCAUCCAAGAUUACACGAGGCGCUGCGGCUCCACCUGAGCUGAGGGACAAGCGGGGCCCACGGGACAGGGCGGGCUGUAAGCCUCCUCUUCAGGGUGGGUUGCAGGUCCAGCCGGCGGGGGGCCUGAGGGAUCGUCAGUCUUGCCUGGCGAUGUGUAAACGCUCGGGAAAGCCCAGCCCAGGCUCCGGGCUGCCAAUAAAGAGGUGAAAAGUG